GCAAAGGCUCAUUAGAAAAACCUUUACCAUUUACUCUGUAUAUUUUACUCUUCUUCAGUUUCCAACGUACACGAUCCCAAUUUAUUCCCAAAUCCCUAGCCCUAAUUUGGACCCGAAAAUCAAAUUCAGGAGCAAUCCAGAACAAAAGCGACUCUUUCUUCCAUUUUAUGUUUCUCGUUACAGGUUCAAAAUCCUGAAGAUGGACAUAAUAUCGCAGUUACAAGAACAAGUGAACACAACCGCAGCUCUUGCUUUCAAUACCUUUGGAACGCUUCAGAGGGACGCUUCUCCGGUUCGAUUAUCGCCUAAUUAUCCGGAACCUCCCGCCGCCGCUAAGCCUGCGGAAGAGGCUGCGGCUGCGGCGGCGGCGGCUGCAACGGUUAAUGCCGUGGAGCAAUCCAAGCUCAUGGGUGCUGAACUUGUCAAAGCUGCUAAACAGUUUGAUAUAUUGGUUGCUGCACUUCCAUUAUCUGAAGGGGGUGAAGAAGCUCAAUUGAAAAGAAUUGCAGAACUUCAGGCUGAGAAUGAUGCAAUAGGCCAAGAACUUCAAAAGCAGCUCGAAGCUGCAGAAAAGGAGCUGAAGCAGGUUCAAGAGUUGUUCAACCAAGCAUCAGAUAAUUGCUUGAACUUGAAAAAACCAGAUUGAAGAAUGUGGGUAAUGGGUAUAAUCAAAUAUCUGUGAACUGCAUGAGGUCUGAAUUCAAAUUCUGGAAUGAAAGCAGAAUGCCCUGUUUCUGAUUUAUAUUCCUUUCUAUAUACAUCAAGAUUUUUUUUUUUUGGGCACUAACUGCACAGAUAAAACUAUUCUGGGCACUGUAAUAUCCCAUAAACAAUAUUUAGCAACUUGAUAAUAUUUAGUUCUUUAAUUGUUA